CCGGAAGUUAGUAAACCGUAACUUUCGAAUCAACUCAAGUUACUAAGUUAGUCGUCUACUAUUUAGAAUCUAAAUUGAUUUUUCGUUACAUUUUUAAGUUCAGGGCUUGGAAAGAUGUCUCAAGAAAUUGAUGAAAUCAUUAAAAGAAUUCAAGCUUAUAAAGGUGUAAUGGGGGUCAUUAUCAUCAACAAUGAUGGCAUCCCACUCAAGUCCACACUGGACAACACAACUACCGUACACUAUGCCUCGCAAAUCCACAGCCUUGCAGCAAAAGCCAGAUCAGUGAUAAAAGAAAUCGACUCAGGCAACGAUCUCAGGUGUAUAAGGAUCCGGUCUAAGAAACAUGAAAUCCUUGUGGCACCAGAUCAAGAAUAUGCAAUGAUUGUGAUCCAGAAAGAUGUGAACUAAAUUAUAUGCUCUUGUAGCUUGUACAUAUCCUUGCCACUUGACACAAUAGACAGCUAGACCAGAUUUUUUACCAUCUGUAUGUAGGUUGUGGAGUCUGAUAUAAUUUAUUUGUUUGGGAUUAUUUCCUCUUUACUUCCAAAGUUUUGGUUACAGUAUAUUUAAUGGUUGUGGUAAUGUUUAUAGUUUAUUUUUUUGUUAUUGCUAGUACUGUUGGGUUUAUAUGAAAUAGUCUGAAAACUAAUAGUAUAUGCGUAUAAGUUUGUUUCACAAUAUUGUUUUUUCAUAAUGAUAAUAUGUUAAAAAAUAUAAAGUAUAUACCAUAAGGUUUAUAUUUCUAAGAACUGUGUUUUUGAAGCAGUAAAUUUGAGCUUAUUUACUAGAAGUCGAGACAAAAUUUAUUGUGUAAAAAUUCAACCAGUUUGUUUAUUAUGUCUGGUAUAUUAUGCACUGUUAUUACAUUUUCUCAAAGCAUAAGCAAAGUGCAUAUGUAAUUUACAUCCCUCAAUCCCAUUAAUCCCCAUUUUUUUGUUGAGCGAUGCAAAAUAACAACAAAAUAAAAACAACUCCCCAUCGUCCUACUCCAUUAAAACAUUGAAACCUGUGAUAUUGACACCUGUAUCAUCAUGUUCUUAGCUACCAUACUCCUCAAUUCACAUCUUGUAAACAUUUUUUUCUUGAAUAAUUUUUUAACAUGGGCAUGUUGAUUGGUAUUCGGUUCUAACAUUGUUUGUUUCCUUUUUAUGCUUUACUGAAUUCUCUUCCAUGAAUUGUUGUAUUUUUUUUUUUCAUUUUAUUUUUGGGGUACAGGGUUGAGUUAUCUUAGCAAUAAUCAAUAUAUUACAUGUGUAUUUUAUGUGUGUGUGUGUGAAGGUUUGCAUUAAGUUUGUCAUCUUUUAUAGAAAUUAUUGUUUAAGGAUUGAGUUUAAACUAUAUAUAUAUAUAUAUAUAUAUAUAUAUAUAUAUAUAUAUAUAUAUAUAUAUAUAUAAAAGUUAAAUUUAUCUGUAGUGUAAUAUUUAAUAUAAAUUAAUUAUUCUUGUCAUUAAUGUUAAGACUUACCCCUUUAAAAAUACAAAAUUAAAUAUACAUUAUUUUUUUUAUAGAGAAAGCAUACUUAUAACAAUGAAAUCUUCUCUUUACAAUUGUGAAAUGGGCUUUGUGCCAUGGUGUUUUGUCUCAGUACAUGUCCCAGAACACUAUAUCUAUAUUCAAAGUUUACAUUGUGUGCAAUUUCAAGGUUCCCAGAAAAAUGCGCAAUCAGAAUACAUCGCCAAUACAAAAAUUAUAUUAAUACAUUUUAAUUUUAUAAUAUGUUGUGGAAAUAUGUCCAAUUAUGCUACAUUGCACAUGUAGUCUCUCUUUGUUAAUGUCUAUAAAUACUCGAUUUAAGAAAAACAAAAAUGCCCUUUUUGUGUGCAGGUUUCCAUUGCGCAUCUUUCCGGUCACCCAAUUUCAAUGCAGUAUACCAUGGUUGUAUUAUUAUAUGAAUUGUAUAAAUAAUUAAUAUUUGCUCAAUAUAAACUAAACAGUAUACAUUUACAAUUUAUACAUUUGUUUUUAUUUUCAUACUUAAGUUCAGUAACCAAUGUUUCAUUGUGAAAUAUAAAUUUAGGUAAGAAGUUUAAAAAUAAUAAUAAAUGUUUUAGGGUUUUUUAUAUGUUUUACAAAAGAGCCUGGUUGGGUAUGAAAAGUAGGUUAAGAAUUCAUAUCCUAUUUGUUGGUGAAGACCUGUUUGAUUACUAUUUUAAAACAUUUACAUUCAGCUGCAUGACUAAACUAAACCAGUUUUGCUCUCUACAUAUGUUCUUGGGUGUAUUUUUUGUUUUUAUUUUAACAUUCCAUUUAUUGUAAAUCUCAGGAUUUUAACCUUUAUUUAAAAAAAAAAUUGAAAUUAUUUUAUUAGGCUCCUUAAUUUUGUGUCUCUAAAGCUGUGUUUUUCUUUGUGUCCGCAAUGUAUUAAUAUACCUUUGGAACACGAACAAUACAGUAACCAUAAUUAUUUUUCAGCAUAUAAGCUAAUAAACUAAAAACAAAAUUAAAUUGUUAUUGUAAAAAAAAUUAUAUUGGUUAAAUGUGUUUUGUUGUGAACAUAAUUUCUGAGAGUUAUUAAACAAUCGAUCAGUUUGACUCAUGUUUUGGUGAGUUAAAAUUUUUUUGUAAAUGCUUAUGGUAAGAUGUUUGAAUGUGCAUUUUUAAACAUACUUGAUAUUUGAAUUUUAAAAAGUCUCUAUGCCAUGUUAAGAAUUUAAAUUUUUAUCAGAUGGUUAUGGAGACAUUUGACAAAUUAUUUAGAAAAUUGAAAUAGCACUUAAAAGUUUAGUAGAACUUGUCAUUAUGUAGCAUACUUGAUUUAAAAAAAACAACAACUAAAAUACAAUUAGGUAGUUGAUGUUAAUUAAGCAUGGGUAUGAACAAACUUCUGUGUUCAAGUGUUUUCAAAAUGACCAUUGAGGCCCUACCAUUGUUCUAAUUUGCAUUUUACUUUGGUGCAGGUAGUUAGUUUUUAAAUUUUUAAAUAAUUCUGUACCCAUACCUUAAGUAUUAUUAAUAAAUGAGUUUUGUGAAUA